AUGCAGAGAGCAUCGCGGCUGAAGAGGGAGCUCUCCCUCUUGGCCACAGAGCCGCCUCCGGGCAUCACCUGCUGGCAGAAUGAAAACCAGCUCGAUGACCUACGAGCCCAAAUUUUAGGAGGUGCAGACACACCGUAUGAGAAAGGAAUAUUCAACUUGGAAAUAGUUGUUCCUGAAAGGUACCCGUUUGAGCCCCCGAAGAUUCGCUUCCUGACCCCUAUCUAUCACCCUAACAUCGACUCUGCUGGAAGGAUUUGUCUGGAUGUUCUUAAAUUACCACCGAAGGGUGCGUGGAGGCCUUCCCUGAACAUCUCCACGCUGCUGACCUCCGUACAGCUGCUGAUGGCGGAGCCCAACCCCGACGACCCCCUCAUGGCAGACAUAUCCUCGGAGUACAAGUACAACAGGCAGCUGUUCUUGCUAAAUGCCAGAGAGUGGACGGAGAAAUACGCCAGCCAGCAGAAGAGGGCUUCCAAGCCUUUGGAAGAGAAAAUAAACCAAAGCGAAACACAGACCGCCGAUGAAUCCACCGCGCAGAAGAGAAAAGGGAGUAACGUCGGCAAGAAGGAGAAGAAAUCUCGCCUGGGUUCCUAG